AUGCCUCCAAAGAGAACUUUUAAACAAACUACCAAGGAACAAAAACUUGCAAUAGUCAUGUUUGAAGAAAAUCCAAAAAAUCGAAAUAUUAUUGAUGGAAAAGCAGCAACUGGUGCUCCUGUUGGUAGCAAGCUUGUAACUAAAAAUGCCAGAUUUGUACAAAUAGCUUUAUUUGUGAACAAACAUUCAACUGGUCGUUUGGGUACUUAUAAAAA